UCUCUGUGCAGAUUUAUCCUGCUGUCCCAAACACUCGGGCUGUCACAACAAACGCUGCACUUACAAAGGCAAAAAUUGCACAGAAAUGACCACAAGUCUCUUCUAAAACAUGCUCUUGUCUGUCUUUGGCGGACCUGUUGAAGAAGUGUUAGCAGGACUCCUCAAGCUGAAGAUGUUCGGAAGCGGCUCCAAAAAGUGGUUUAUCAAGAAGAAUAAACGGCAGAGGACUAAAGUGCAGAGAAAACCGGCGAGCGGGAGGAGGAAUAAACGGGUGUCCAGAGUCCUGAAGCGGCACAAGGAGGUGAUUGUGAAGCAGCUGGACGUCAGUAAGGUGCUGCCGACUCUGGUGUACGAGCGGGUGUUUACUCUGGGGGAAUAUAAGGAGAUUUUGGGACAGGACUCGAGCGGUAAACGUGCUGAGCUCUUCUUGGAUUUGCUCUCCCAGAAGGAGCCCGCGGCCUUCAGCGCUUUCUGUGGGGUGCUGGAGGAGGUGUGUCCGCACCUGCUCACCUGCUUCCUGCUGGACGGCACAGAUGGCUCAGCUGGAGAAAACAAGAAGCAAGGACAAACUAAACCAGCGCACAGCCAGCAGAACGCUCUGUCCAAGGGACAAGACACCGUUUGUUUUCCACCGAUGUACACAGACCCACUUUUUGACACUAGGGUCUUCCCCAAACACGACAAAGACAAAUACGGCCCUGCAGUUUAUUAUCCGAAGUUCAACGCCUACAUCCCCAACCCAGACAAAGUCUCUGUGCUGGAUGAAUCUGAGGGAUCGGGCCACGGCAAACCAUCCCUGCGCAGAAUCAAGGGCCGAAUCCACCGCAGCAAGAGCCUGGACAGCAUCGACCUGCUGGACUCCAACAGUGCAGCAAUGGAUGAGACGGUAAUAUGGGAACAGCACACUGUAACUCUACACAGGGCUCCAGGGUUUGGCUUCGGGAUCGCCAUCUCCGGCGGACGGGACAACCCUCACUUCCAGAGCGGGGAGACGUCCAUCGUCAUAUCAGAUGUGCUGAAGGGAGGCCCCGCCGAGGGCCUGCUGCAGGAGAAUGACAGAGUGGUGAUGGUCAACGCCGUCUCCAUGGACAAUGUGGAUCACGCUUACGCAGUGCAGCAGCUCCGCAAAAGUGGCAAGAAUGCAAAAAUAACCAUCAGGAGAAAGCGUAAGGUGCAGAUCCCGUCAGGCCGGCCGGGUGAACGCGAGACUAUGUCAGAGCAUGACGAGGACGACGACAGCUACGAGGAUGAGAUCUACGAGUCCCGGAGCGCGCGAAGCGGACCCAGCGCCUACAGUGGAGGUGGAGGCGGCGGCGGAGGUGGAGGAGCCUCGGGACGGAGGAGCGGCAGAGGCGACAGGCUGAGUGGGAGGAGGGAGCGGGACAGAGAGCGCAGCGGCUCCAGAGAGAGGAGUCUGUCCCCGCGCUCGGACCGCCACUCUGUGUCCUCCAACCUCCCCCCACGGCCAGCCAAAGUCACACUCGUCAAAUCCCGCAAGAAUGAAGCAUGUAUGGCGUCAGGAAGUUCUCAGAAGGUGACAUCAGCAGAAUACGGGCUUCGCCUGGCCAGCCACAUCUUCGUGAAGGACAUUUCCCCCGAGAGCCUGGCAGCCCGAGACGGAAACAUCCAAGAGGGAGACGUGGUGCUUAAGAUUAAUGGCACGGUAACAGAGAAUUUGUCCCUGAUCGAUGCUAAGAAGCUGAUCGAGAGGUCAAAGGGAAAGCUGAAGAUGGUGGUGCAGAGAGACGAGCGGGCGACGCUGCUGAACAUCCCCGAUCUGGACGACAGCAUACCUUCUGCUAAUGCCUCGGACAGAGAUGAUAUUUCAGACAUCCACUCCGUGGCCUCUGAUCAUUCCAACCGAUCCCACGACCGGAAGAGGAGCAGCCGCUCUCGUUCUCCAGACCGCCGCUCCGAACCCUCAGACCACUCCAGACACUCUCCACCACAGAUCAGCAACGGCAGGGCCACAGGGCCGACGGCUCAGAGAACGCGGCCAGUUCACAGGAGCCGUGAUGAAGACAGGAUCUCCAAGGCCGGGCCGCUUCCUCUACCUGCUAAGAUGGUGGAGGAGAUGCCGAAAGAGCAGAGCGCAGCCAGAGAAACAGAGAAACAGCUCCCCCCUCUGCCAGAGCCCAAACCUGUGUACGCUCAGCCGGGCCAGCCGGACGUGGACCUGCCUGUUAGUCCGGCAGAUGCUCCUGUGCCCAGCGUCACACAUGAUGACAGCAUCUUACGGCCGAGCAUGAAGCUGGUGAAGUUCAAGAAGGGCGAGAGCGUGGGCUUGAGGCUCGCUGGGGGGAACGACGUUGGGAUAUUUGUGGCGGGAGUUCUGGAGGACAGUCCUGCUGCUAAAGAGGGCCUGGAAGAGGGAGACCAGAUUCUCAGGGUAAAUAAUGUGGAUUUUGCAAAUAUCAUCCGAGAGGAGGCAGUGCUGUUCCUGCUGGAUCUGCCCAAAGGAGAGGAGGUCACCAUCCUGGCCCAGAAGAAGAAAGACGUGUACCGCCGCAUUGUAGAGUCUGACGUGGGAGACUCGUUCUACAUCAGGACUCAUUUUGAAUAUGAGAAGGAGUCGCCCUAUGGCCUGAGCUUCAAUAAGGGGGAGGUCUUCAGAGUCGUCGACACCCUUUACAAUGGCAAACUGGGCUCCUGGCUCGCCAUCCGCAUCGGCAAAAACCACCAGGAGGUGGAGCGGGGCAUCAUCCCCAACAAGAACAGGGCUGAGCAGUUAUCAAGUGUCCAGUACACUCUCCCAAAGACUCCAGGAGGGGAUCGCGCCGACUUCUGGAGAUUCAGAGGCCUCCGCAGCUCCAAACGAAACCUGAGGAAGAGCAGAGAAGACCUGUCUGCUCAGCCGGUCCAAACCAAAUUCCCUGCUUAUGAAAGAGUGGUGCUUAGAGAAGCUGGUUUCUUGAGGCCAGUGGUCAUUUUCGGACCGAUCGCGGAUGUGGCUAGAGAGAAGCUGUCCAGAGAGGAGACUGACCUCUUCGAACUUGCAAAGAGUGAACCCAGAGAUGCGGGCACAGACCAGCGCAGCUCCGGAAUCAUCCGUCUCCAUACCAUUAAACAGAUCAUUGACCGAGACAAGCACGCGGUGCUGGACAUCACCCCUAAUGCGGUGGACCGUCUGAACUACGCUCAGUGGUACCCCAUCGUGGUGUUUCUGAAUCCAGACAGCAAACAGGGCGUCAAGAACAUGAGGACCAGGCUCUGUCCCGAGUCCAGGAAGAGCGCCCGAAAGCUCUACGAGCGUGCUCUCAAACUGAGGAAGAACAACCAUCACCUUUUCACCACCACUAUUAACUUGAACAACAUGAAUGACGGGUGGUACGGUGCUUUGAAAGAGAGCAUCCAGCAGCAGCAGAACCAGUUGGUCUGGGUCUCAGAGGGCAAGGCCGACGGCGCUCCUGACGAUGACCUUGACAUCCAUGACGACCGCCUCUCCUACCUCUCGGCUCCGGGCAGCGAGUACAGCAUGUACAGCACCGACAGCCGCCACACGUCCGACUAUGAGGACACCGACACGGAGGGUGGUGCCUACACCGACCAGGAGCUGGACGAGACCAUGAACGAUGAGGUGGGCCUGCCUAGCGAGCCUGCCAUCACACGCUCAUCUGAGCCUGUGCGAGAGGACCCGCCAGUCAUUCAGGACGCAGCUGGAUACCCCAGCUACCAGCAUGCGGUACCGCAACCUGAAGCGGUGAGCCGCAUUGACCCGGCCGGGUUUAAGAUGGCAGCGCCGCAGCAGCAAGCUGAGGCUGCUCUGGCCUCGCCGCCCCCUCCCUCUGCAGCGGUCCAGCCCACCGCAACACUAGCGGGUACGAACCCCGAGGAGCCGCCUGGCACCCCUCAGGCCGACUCCCUUAACAGCCCCGUCCCUGUUCCCGACCCCCAGCCCGAACCUGAGCUCGCUCAGCCCCCAACACACGACCCCCACCAGUCGCUUCCUCCUGGCCCAGAUCCAAAGAUGUAUAAAAAGGAUCUGUACAGCAUGGACGAGCCGGUGCGAGUGACCCACGGCGUGAAGCCUCCCCCUCCCCAGCAGCAGCAGCAGCCUUUAGGCCCCCCAACCUCGCUCUCCUACAGCCACCAGCCUGUCUACCAGGACCAACAGCCAUACCGCCAGUACGACCACCCGCCUUAUGGCUAUGACGGUGGCGGCUACGCACAACCAAAGCCUCACAACUACGACCCGCACCUGCACUACGACAACCGUGUGCCUCACUAUAACGAGCAGUGGCCCACGUACGACCAGCAGCAGCAGCAGCAGACUUCCCCCCAGCCGCCACCUGCGUCCGGCUUCCCUCAGGGCCACCAGCCUCCGCCUCCACCACCGAUGGGAUAUGAGCCACGCUCCCCAUACGAGGACGGACCUAACAGGGAUUUCAGCCCUCCUCAGUCCCAGUAUGACGGUGUGUCCCCAAUGGGCUACGAUCACCGGCCGCGGCACCCCAAACCUGCACCGGUCCGAUAUGAAGAGCCUCCACCUCCACCUCCUCCGGUGUCCUACGAUGCACGGUCACCUUUCGAACCCGAGCCGCAUGCUUUCCCAGGCAACACACAUCGCUCGCCAGACCCACCGAAACAGUAUUAUGGAGACGCCGCUAUGAGGCCCUUGUACAACCCUGGACCUCCGAACAGAGUGUACAAACAUGAGCCGGUGAACUCUGAGCCUCCUGUACCGCCUCCCAAACCUGAAUCUGUCCUGUCUCCAGGAGAACCGCCCCAUUCUGCAGCUUCCAAACCAUUGCCGCCUCCUCCCAGAGAUGAUGACGAUGAUGAUGACGAUGAUGAUGACCCUGCCAUGAAGCCCCAGUCUGUGCUCAACAGGGUCAAAAUGUUCGAAAACAAACGCUCUGUGUCGGUAGACCGAGCCAAGGACGCACCUGACGUCACUGGAAUUAGGCCCACAGAUCUCCCCAAACCUGCGAGCACCCCUGGACCUGUGCUCAAAGCCAACUCUCUCAGCAACCUGGAGCAGGACAAACCCUCCUACAGAGCUCCAGAGCCGCAGAAACCUCAGACGCGUGUUGGGGACGAUGUGGUUCGCUCCAACCACUACGACCCUGAUGAUGAUGAAGAGUACUACAGAAAACAGCUCUCAUUUUUCGACCGCCGCAGUUUCGACAGUAAGGUCAUGAAUCCACCCAGCGCUGGAGUAAACCGCUUCCAUGAGCCGCCCAAACCACCCCAGACACAGAUCGCUUAUCCUUUCGCUAGGACGGAGUCUGUGGAGAAGGUGAGUCCUGUGGACAAGAGAUACGAGCCUCUGCCGCCAGUCAACCCUUCACCUGCUCCAUACAGCCAGAACACACCUGUCGCUCCGCCCACAUCCCUGCCCAAACUCACCAACAUCGAGGUGAACUCUCUGCCAGAUCCUCACAGCUCUCCCAAAGCCAAACCGGACCUGUCUGCUCUGAGAGCUCCGACCCGGGACGAGCCCAUCCAGAGCAGCUACUUGCCCCCCAAGUCCACCAUCAAUGGCAUGGAUGCUCCUCCCAAAACACUCGGCGUGCCGACCAGCUACAACCGCUACGUCCCCAAGCCUUACACCAGCUCGGCGCGACCCUUCGAGCGCAAGUUCGAGAGUCCGAAAUUCAACCACAACCUGCUUCCCAACGACACGCAGUCCAAACCCAGUGUCAACAACAACCUGAAGCCUCAGAUCUCCCCACAACCCCAGGACACGGACAGCGGCGUCGACACCUUCACUCGCACCAUGGACAACAGGCCAAAAUAUCAGCACAACAACAUCAACGCCAUUCCCAAAGCCGUCCCAGUCAGCCCCAGUGCACUGGAUGAUGAUGAAGAAGAUGAGGGACACACAGUUGUGGCCACGGCGCGGGGCAUCUUUAACUGUAAUGGCGGGGUGUUGAGCUCUAUAGAGACGGGCGUCAGCAUCAUUAUCCCACAGGGAGCCAUUCCUGAUAGUGUGGAGCAGGAGAUCUACUUCAAAGUGUGCCGGGACAACAGCAUCCUGCCUCCUCUGGAUAAGGAGAAAGGUGAAACUCUGCUGAGUCCGCUGGUGAUGUGUGGUCCUCACGGCCUGAAGUUCCUGAAGCCUGUGGAGCUGCGCUUGCCACACUGUGCGUCUAUGACCCCUGAUGGUUGGUCUUUUGCUCUAAAAUCCUCCGACUCCUCGUCGGGUGACCCCAAAUGCUGGCAAAACAAGUGUCUACCAGGAGACCCCAAUUACCUGGUGGGCGCAAACUGUGUGUCUGUGCUGAUCGACCACUUCUGAAGAGAGAAACAGCUGGUCUGUUCCUGAAGGCUCGCAUUAUCAAGUAUUAUUUCUGUCCUCUUUCUCAGAAAAACGUGGAGGAUGUGACUGGCUGCGGAGCGCUUUCCUAUUCCCUUUUCUCUCUCUCCCUCUUUUUUUUUUUUUUUUUGGGUUCAGUUUUGCCUUUUUCUUUACCUUUUGGUGCUUGAAGACUUGCAAAAAAUUACUGAAUAAAUAAAUGAGUAAAUAAAUGAAGGAAUGGAACUGCUAAUGGGAUGCAUGACCUGUGCCACAGACGCUGGGAAAAAUAAUUAGAAAAAGCUGGAACGCAAGCGCGGGGGGAAACGGACGGAUGAUGAAUUAGUUUUGCGUGAGACGUACUUGAUGUGCAGAGAAGUUGCUGUAUGUGUGAGUUUGGUCAUGUGGAAUCGCCGUGAUGAAAAGCAUGUCGCUCUCUGGAUAUUGAAGAUGUUUUUAUUUUUACUUGAGUUGUUUUGUGGAAGAUCUGUGACUGUUGCACUCGUCUGCUCAUGGACUUCCCCUCCGGCUAUGAAGAAAAUGAAAAACUCCAGAAAAGAAAAGAAAAAAUGGGCUCUUUCUCUCAACCUUUUGAAGCGAUCUUUUCUAGCGAUGUUUUACCGUAGAUAAACACUGACUGUGGUUUUCCGAAACUCCUGCUGUCUAGAGAUCUAUGCAUGUGCUAUGACUCAGGUCCAAACGCCUGCUACUAAGUUGAGUACACGAACCUACCCAUCAUACACUGCAAGCAGUGAUGCCUUAUCUGCAUUUUCUUUUUGUUACUUUCGACCCGAAGCAAACGUCACACUUGGGUUACGGAGGGAAGUUAUGAAGGACGGUAUUUAGCACACAACUAACGAACAGGUCUGCUUUUUCACCCGCUAUGCAUAUGAAGUCAAAGAAUAUACCAGAAGACUAGGAUAUGUUUCAAUUACCGCUGUAAAUAUUGUGCUAGCAUAUGGCCUUGGUUCGCUGUAAAUGACUUUUCUACAUCUUUGUUAUUUUGUAUAAAAAAAAUUAAAAAAACGUAACGGGGAAGAAAAAAACGUUUCUUAACAAAAAAAAAAAGAGGAAGACUCUAACAUUGGUUAUGUUUGUAUUCCGGUUAUACUUCUGAGCCUUGGAAUUUAGCAGUACGGAGAAGAUUUAAACCAAUAAAAACAAAACAAAAACUAAAAAACGUAAAUAAUAAAUGCAACGAAAAAGACGUUAUCUUUUAUACCAACGACGCGCGUAUAUAUAUAAAUAUAUAUAAACGAACACACUACUUAAUGGCAUUUUUAAACCGUUCCAGAACAUUUUUAUGAUUUACAAACUAGAGACGUGCUCGCUUUCAAUAAUUUAUGGACUCGCUUUGGAGGGCGAACCCUGAUUUAUUUGUGAUACUGGAUGCUGUAUUGUGUGCCCUGAAAUGUAUUUUUGUACUAAUAGACAGUUUAUUAAGGCACAUCAGUACCACUUUGUUUUGAUAUGACGACGUACGCGGCUUCAUCCCGGGUUUCGUUUAGUUUCUUUUUGUGUGGCGACAUUAUGAUUUUGUUUUCUUUGCAGCACAUUUCUAACGUAUACAACUGUAUUAAUAAAUAAAUUCAUUUUUCAAUAAGAA